AUGAACUCAAAUCCACUCACGCAGAAAGGCAUUGCACGCUUAAAAAGGUGGUCACUAUUGAAGGUUCUGAUCAGUAAUCAAUUAGCCUUCGAGAUGAUUGCUUUCUACAGUGUUCUGCUGUUCGCGGCUUGCUCAUCUGUUGCUUCAAGCAGUCCACCCGAGUCUUGCGUGGUUGAGAAUGAACUCACCUCAAAUCCCUCGACCUGCAAUCAGUACUACCGCUGUCUGAGUGGAGAACGGAUCCUGUUCAGCUGUACAGAGGGCAAAGUGUUCAAUCCCUCCACCAAACGGUGCGUUACAUCCGACCUCUACCCGUGCGAUGAGACACAACCGGAGAUCACAACAGCGGAACCAUCGUUGCUCUGUCUUCCCAACCCAAAUGGGAUCGUUCCACACCCGUCCGAUUGUGAUAAGUACAUCGUUUGCAGUGGAGGUUUGCAAACAGUGCAGUCCUGUGGAUAUCGGGAGAAUUUUUCCUGGAAAAAGUUAGGUUGUGGCGAAGACGUCUCCUGCAGUGAAUACUUCAACGGUUACGCCAGAACGCUCGAAUCAGUCGCGUGCAACCGACAAUCACUCCCGCUGGCCGAACAUCCUUACGAAGCUGGCACGUACAUUGACUGUGGCGCUCAGGAGUCUGUCAGCUGUGCUGAAGGUACAAUCUUUCGCUGGAACUAUCAGCGCUGUCUACCGGGCCAGGUGGCAACGAACGAGUUGCAGAGUGCCGCACCUAAUUGUGGCGCCUUUGGCAAAAGCGCACAUCCUUAUCUCUGCGAGAAGUACUUCAAGUGCGUCUUCUGGAUCUCUUCACUAGAAAAUUGCCCCGCGGAUAUGAUCUACAGUGCAGAGAGCAGUGAGUGUGUUCCGGGUAACUUCCAAACGUGUACCAUCAAUCCGUGAAGUUCACCUAACAAAUAAAAGAAAGAAGUGCAUACACAACUAAGGUAACGUCAUUGCAAGGGCGGGUUUGUUUAUCGCAUUCGUUACUACUACUGUUCCGAUAAGAUAACAUCUUCCGAAACUGCAGCUGUACCUUAUCGUGGCGUGGUUUCUAGUGCAUAUCACAAAUACUAUGGAAGUGGUUGUGUUGUUAUCAGAGAGUGUAGCAGAGUAUGACCAUUAGCAGCACUUUCAAUGCCAGUGUCAUAUAGGGUGUAGUGGUCAUCGUGUCCGUAUAGGCUAAGACUUCAGAGCUGCAACACGGCACCACGACGACCUUCUGGCACAUUUAACCGUUCGAUGUAGCUUUCUCCCUGUACUUCAAGAUGGAACAGACACAGCGAAAUAGCGACGACGGUCAACCACGGUGACAGCUUCAUUUCGCAUGACUUACUGAGGUAUUUAUUCAACCGUACGAUCAAGCAGCGAAUUCUCUCCGAAACCGGCGCAAACGGAUAAGCGGUUUAUCAGUUUGUCGCAGUAACGAUAAGAACUGGAGGGACGCAACAAGCGAGAUAAGAAUGCGUUUAUUGAUUUAUGUUGCUUCAACCCCUUUACAGUGGUAUUAAUAUUUUUUUGACCACACGGUGCCGCGAAUAAUACCAAAACAGCUUGAUGGUAAUUGUCUCUUCCAUAAUAAUGAUAGUAGACAAGCGCUUGGCUUUCUUUUUUUUUUGUAUUAUAAAAACAUAUGUUGGUUUGAAGAUGUUAAAAUGAAAUAAAAAGAGUCAGAAUUUCCUAGUUUUUUUCGUAGAUAAUUCAACAUUUUUAGAGCUAAUAGCACCUUGAAGAUCGAAAGCGAAGCGA